AUGCUAAAUAAGCGUGUCAUCAUUACAACAUGGGAUGAAUUUGUUCAGCAUCUUCGAGCUGCAUAUCAUUCACCAGCUGCUAAACAGAUUGCUUCACAAAAACUUCGUAAUCAUAAACAAAGAUUACAUGAACGUGUUACUGCAUAUUAUACUGAUAUUAUACGUCUAUGUAAAACCAUCGACGAUCGAAUGACUGACACAUCUAAACUCGAUCAUCUACAACAAGGUUUAAAACCAUCUUUAACCAAGGAAGUUUUACGUAAAAAGCCAACAACACCCAGUGAAUUUUUAGAAUAUGCCCGCGAAGAAGAAGUUCUAAAUCAACUGGUUAAUGCCAACGAAUCUGAUUAUACUGGACAACAACUGGAUAAACAAGUACGUGUUCAGGAAUUCACUAAUCAACCGCCAUAUAAUUAUUCAUCAUCAAAUGUGCCUUAUCAGCCCCGAUAUACAUCACCAUAUUGUUAUCCGACUCCUCGGUCACCAUCGGCUAAUCGUCCUCGUUCGCUCUAUUAUUCACGUUAUCCAGCAUCACGUCCUCCUACUUUUCGUUGCUAUAAUUGUAAUAAAACAGGACAUUAUGCUCGUGAUUGUUGGCAGCCAAAAACAGCAGUAACUGAGACACUUACAGAUGGUAGUGCCUCUUCGGACUUAAUAAACCCAUCAUUAAUCUUUAUAAACACUUUCACAAAUGGGCGUAACGUUUUAGUUUUAUUAGAUACUGGCGCUAGUCAGUCUGUUAUAUCCGAAAAAACGUUACGAACAAUAAACAAGAAACAUUAUUAUAAUCCUUCGCAAAAAUUAACCCUAGGCGACGGAAAAACAUCAUUAGAUACCCAUGGAUCCAUUCAGCUUAACAUCUCUCUUCAAAAUCUUACCACUCAAAUCGUUAGUAGUCAAAGAAUUAGCAGCAGAACUUAUUUUGGGAGGUGA